UGGUCAAGCAAGUUUGCUGUGUGGUCCCUGGUGUUUUUAAAUAUUUAUAUUUAAAAAAAACAGUAACAUCUUUUUUACUCAAACUAUGCGUGACUUAAAUGUUUAUCAAAAACUCCACCAAAUGCCAGUCAGAGAUGUUAAGUUCGCGCUACAAGAAAUUCCAUUUAAAUGGAAAGAAAACGCACGAAUCAUGGACAUAGGAUGUGGGGAUGGAAGUGUCACUAUGAAGGUUUGGAGAAAUUAUAUUCCGAAAAAUUUCAUGAAAAUACUUGGAAGCGACAAAAGUCAGUAUUGUGUGGAUUUUUCAACGGAGCAUUUUGCCAGUAAACGUAUGCAGUUCAUUAAACUUGAUAUCGAGGAAAAGAUACCGGAAGAACUGGUUGAAGGUUUUGACCACGUGAUCUCGUCUUACGUGUUUCAUUGGGUAAAUAAGCAAGAGACCGCAUUUACAAAUGUGUACAACCUGUUGGCGGUAGGCGGCAGCUGUCUGUUAAUUUUCCUCGGAUAUUUUAAACCGUAUGAAAACUACCGCAAACUGUCCCGCACACCAAAAUGGAGCGCAGACCUUGAAAACGUUCAUACUAAAUUCAUGUCGCCGUACCAUGACUCUCAGGAGCCAGAAAACGAAAUAUUCAGAAUGAUGCAACGUAUUGGUUUCAAAGACAUUGAUGUAACAUCGCAUCACAAAACUUUUAAUUAUGUUCAUGGUGUGGAUGACUUUAAACUGCUGAUGAAAUGCCUGAACCCCUUCGAUAGCUUGAAGGACAAAUGGGAAGAUUUCAUGGACGACUACGUGAAGUUGGACCCCGAGGCUGGAACAAGCGUCUAUCAGUUAUUGGUUGUUUAUGGUGCUAAGUAAUCAUUAAAGCAAAUAAGGAUGGCUACUAGUGCGGUAGCGUGGGUAGUUCAGAGCCUGUAACCAUGAACCUUACGCCGUGUCUUGCGUGGGCGACGGUCGCGCGACCGUCGCCGUCGCGUCUCAUCGCAUCGUCUACUUCCAUAUCGAUAAGGUUUGAUUUCGUAUGCGUCGCAUCGCCGUCGCGCGACCAUCGCGCGACCGUCGCCCACGCAAGCCACGGCUUUAACGGAUUGGGUACGUUGAUCAAAAUGUCUGUCCCACAUGAGAUAGUAAGUUUGGGCUUUACCUUAAUAAAAUCUCUGUGUUUAGAUUUAGGAGAUAACUUUGUUAAAGAAACAUUGAAAUAAAUAAUAUUACUUGUUA